AUGAUCAUGCUGAACCUCUCGCACGCGCACAGCGAGCUUGACAACUUGCAGACGGCUCGGGAGGUGCAGUCGGGAGAGAUCAAAGGCCUGAGUCAGGCAAACAACAAGCUGGCAGCUGAUGUGAGAGAAGCGGGGGCCACUUUGGGAGAAGUGGCAGCAAACCUGGCCAAGCAGAAGGUCAUGAUCGAGCAGCAGGAGCAGCGCAUCGCAACCGUCAGCGAGCAGCAGCGGAAGAGUCGCUCCGAGCUUCAGCAGGCCCGGAAUGGACUCGACGAGCUGUGGCGCAAGGUGCACCUGAACUACUGUCUUCGUGAGAUCUGCCUAUGCCAACUGGACUUCACCGUGGCAGACACGUUCGCAGACAUCUUCAACAGGAUCCGGCUCCUGAACAAGGUUUGUGAGUCGAUGUUUCAUUGGUGCCAUGCUUGCCAAGGCUUCUGCAUUGACGCCUCGCGCCGGCAGGUGCUGACCAACGCCCACGUCGUCAGCCACGCCGUGGUGGUGCGCGUGCGCCGCUAUGGCGAUGCCGUGAGCUACCCUGCCAGUGUGCUCUGCUCAUCGCCGCAGUGUGACCUUGCAGUGCUGGAGGUCAAGGACUCUGGCUUCUGGGAGGGCCUCGGCGCCAUCGAGCUUUCGGAGGAGAUCCCCCCGCUCGAUGCCGACAUCCUCACCGUGGGAUACCCGAUGGGUGGCGAGAACAUCUGCGUGACGCGGGGCGUGGUGUCGCGGAUAGACCUGAUGGACUACACCUUCUCGCCCAUAGGCGGCGAGCGCCAGCUGGUAAUUCAGGUCGACGCGGCCAUCAACCCGGGGAACUCUGGAGGUCCUGUGCUCGACACGCACGGCCGGGCAGUGGGGGUGGCCUUUGCCGGGCUCCGGGCCAGCGCCAACAUCGGCUAUGUGAUCCCUGGCACGGUGGUGCACUUCUUCCUGCGCAGCCUCCGCGGGACGCCUGUGGGCCUGGCAAAGGGCCUCUGCGCCCUCGGCGUCCGCCUGCAGCACACGAAGUCUCCGGCGCUUCGCCGCCUGCACGGCCUGGAGGCCUCUGAAGGCGAUGGCGUUCUGGUGACCGACGUGGCUCCGCUGUCCCCGGCGGCGGACGGGGGAAUCGUUGCUGGGGAUGUUCUGUUGGCCGUGGACGACGUGCCUGUGGCCGAGGAUGGCACAGUUCCCUUCCGCGACAUGGAGCGCAUUGGGUUCGAGUUUCUUGUGACUCGCAAAGUGGUCGGCGAGACCAUCAGAGUGCAGCUGCGGCGCGCGGGGGACUCCGACCAGGACAGCCACCGCCGAGCAGUUCCUGCCGAGUUGAAGCUGCAAGCAGACUACGUGGAGAAGCUUGUUCCCAGAAGAGAUGGUGGCGAUGCGCAGCCUUCCUACCUAAUUCUGGGAGGCUUGGUGUUUGUUCGCCUCACGCUGCCCUGGAUGCUGUCGCGAUUCCGCGAGGUGCGUAAGGCGCCGCCGGAGCUCCAGGCGAAGCUCUGGGAGCACAAGACCUCUCCCGACCAGGAAGUCGUGGUCCUGGCCAAAGUGCUGGCGGCUGAGGUGAACUAUGGCUACGAGGACUUCCAGUGCCUGGAACUGCUGAGCUUCGGGAGCAGCUCGGAGCCCAGCCAGACCGCUACGAACCUGAAGCAGCUCUACGACUUCACGCGUUUGGCACUAGGUGCUGUGGAAGCGGAACGCCCGGCUUUCCUUCGCUUCGAAUUCAACAGCGCGGAAGUCGUGCUGGACGUGGCGCAGUGCGGCCGCUCGGGCGCCGACAUCCUGCGCCAGCACGGCAUCGCCAGAGAAUGCUCCGAGGACCUGCUGGAUGAUCGCCGGAGUCGCCUCUGA